UCACUAGAUAGAUGACUCAAUAAUAAGUAUAACAAAUGAAUGAAAGCUGUCACUACUAUCGAAUUUGGAAUAGUUUUAUCAGUACAGACGGCUCCAGCAUCCCCUUAAGGGGAUCCUAAAGCGAAGCUCGAACUCCGAUGAAGUCACCAGAGGUCGCGCCGCGCGUCGCGCGCAUCGACAUUUCUUUAUAUACUACCACAUCAAUAUCUCACGCAAUCUAUGAUACACGCAGUCGCACAUUCGUGUCAAUUUUCGUAUAACAAAUUCGUCGCGAUAAAACGUCUAAGUCUAAUUCUAAGAACUCGACGUUGUUUAUUCGUGUAAACUACGUGUCUGGGAAUCACUGUUUCGUACGUACAGGUUGCAAAGCUUUCAUAUCAAGCGAAUGUUGUCACGACUUGACAGCUAAGACGCCAUGUUACACUAAGAAAUAGUAAAAAAACAAAAACAUAGAGAAUGGACUACGCGAUCCUAUCUAAGUAGAAUGAUCGACAAAAACGAGAGAGAGGGACCGUGGAAGACGGCCAAUCUUUAUCUCUUUCCACUUAAAGAUGUAAUUUAUGAGAGAGAGAGAGAGAAUGAGAGGGAGAUUGGCCGUCUUUCAUAGUCCCUCUCUCUCAUUUUUGUCGACUAUACUACUUAGGCCGAUAUUCAUAGUUGAUUUUUAUUUCAAGACCGUCUUAAGUAAUGUCUUAAGAUGCUAAUGCGGCUCUCUGAUUGGUUCGUGACUUCUUAAGACCGUACUUAAAUAAGACGAUCUUGAAUAUAAGACGUGACUAUGAAUAUCGGCCUUAGAUAAGAUCGCGCAAUCCAUUUUCUAUAUCUUUAGUAAAAAAUAUAUCAAUUUUGAAAUUUUUGAUCGUUCUCGACAUAGACUCCACUUCCCAGACACGUAUAAUGCGUAUGCUUUAAUCCUGAAAAAGGAUUUUCGAAUCGGUGAAAGAGGAAAAAAGUAUUUGUUAUACUAAAAUUACAUGAUUUAACCGGUAAAACAGGUGGCUUUAGGAUCCUCUUAAAGGUGCCAAACUUUUUUUAGAAAAAAAGGACCAGUAUUUGACUAGAUGAUCUUAGUAUUUAAAAAAAAAAAUGAAAUGCGCAGGAUACGAAUGACCCAGUGUGUUAAGGGUUAAUUAAUUUGUCACAUGGGAACGUGAAGUGCCUAAGCAUUGUUUUUCAACAGUCGUGAUCGAAAUUUAUCGGUCAAGUUAAACAGUAUAAAAACAACGAAUCUGUGCAAGUAAUAUAUCACGACUCUAUGUGGAUAUAAUGGCACUUCAAAAAAAAUCAGACAAUUGGAUUUGGAAACAUGUUCUUAAAUUAAAUGAUUCUAUUAUACAAUGCAAUGUAGAUGAUUGUAAGAAAAUUUAUACAAUGACUAACAAAGGUGAAUAUAGAGUGAUAAUGACGAUGAAAGGACAUUUAUACCAUGAACAUGGAAAAUACGAUGAACAAGAUCGGUUAAAAUGGUUAAACGACAAUGACUUGAUAUGGCGAUAUUUCGAUAAAGCAAACUUAUACGUAGCAAAUUGUAAGCUUUGUGGCGGUUUGUUUCGUCAGUCAUAUGUACCACUUAUAAAGACGCAUCUGCAAAGUCAUCGUCAAGAAAUAAGAGAUGGUGUAGAAAAAGAAAUUGCGGAUAAGUCUCUAUCGCAAAAUUACGUAAUCGAUAUGGACGAAUUUAUUGCACGAUGCAAACGUUGCAAUGAUAAAAUGGACAUAUUUUACGGAACAGAUGCCUUAAUACAUCACGUUUGUUUAAAAAAGAAUAAAUGUUUAUGGUCUGAAGAUAAUAAUGUGAACAGAAUGAUACAACAGUCUACAGCUACUGAAAAUGCAAAUACAAGCUCCCAUCAUGAUGAUAUAAAUAGUCAGCCUGGAAAUCGAGAAAAUCAACAAAGUGACACAUCGCGACACUGUGUGGAUGUAAUGGCAGCUCGAGAAAGAUCAAACAAUUGGGUGUGGAAACAUUUACUUAAAUUAGACGAUUUUACUGUACAAUGCAAUAUAGAUAAUUGUAAUAAAACUUAUAAUACGACUUUGGAUAGAAGUAAAGGUAGAAUGAUAGUAAUAAUAAAAGGACAUUUAUACCAUGAACAUGGAAAAUACGAUGAAGAAGAUCGAUUAAAAUGGGAAAAUGACAAUGAUUUAAUAUGGCGAUAUUUCGACAAAGAAGGUUUAUACAAAGAAAAAUGUAAAUUUUGUUAUGAUUCACUUUCCAUAUCAUAUACACCAUCGUUAAGGGAUCAUCUGCGACAAUACCAUCGUAAAAAAAUAAGAGCUGGUGUACGAAAAGAAAUUGCGGAUAAGUCUCUAUCGCAAUAUUUCGAAAUUCAUAAGAAAGAAUUUAAUGCAUCAUGCAAACGUUGCAAUCAUAAAAUGGACAUAUUUUACGGAAUAGAUGCCUUAACACAUCACAUUUGUUUAAAAAAGAAUCAACGUUUAAGAUUUGGAAAAAAAUCUGAAGAUAAUAAUAUGAACAGAAUGACACAACAAUCUACAGUCACUGAAAAUGCAAAUACAAGCUCCCAUCAUGAUGAUAUAAAUAGUCAACCUGAAAAUCGAGAAAAUCAACAGAGUGACACAUUGGGACACUAUGUGGAUGAAAUGUCAGCUCGAGAAACAAAUAAUUGGGUGUGGAAACAUUUACUUAAAGUAAACGAUUCUUCUGUACAGUGCAAUAUAGAUAAUUGUGAUAAAACUUAUACGACUUUUGAUAGAAAUAAAGGUAGAUUGAUGAUGAUGAUAAAAGGACAUUUAUACCAUGAGCAUGAAAAAUACGAUGAAGAAGAUCGGUUAAAAUGGGAAAACGACAAUGACUUAAUAUGGCGAUAUUUCGACAAAGUAGGUUUAUACAAAGAAAAAUGUAAAUUUUGUAAGGAUACACUUUUGGUAUCAUAUACACCAUCAUUAAGGCAUCAUCUGUUAAAGUAUCAUCAUCAAAAAAUAAGAGCUGGUGUACUAAAAGAAAUUGCGGAUAAGUCUCUAUCGCAAUAUUUCGAAAUUCAUGAGAAAGAAUUUAGUGCACGGUGCAAAUGUUGUAAUGUUGAAAAGAACAUAUUUUUCGGAACAGAUGCCUUAAUACAUCACAUGCAAAAAAAUCGAUGUGUAGGGUAUCAUAACGAAGAUGAUAACGUGAACAGAAUGACACAACAAUCUAUAACCGAUGAAAAUACAAGUUCCCAUCAUGAUAAUUUAAAUAAACAAGUUCUUGGAAAUCGAGAAGAUCGACAAAGUGACACAUCGCGAUGUACGGAUAUAAUGGCAGCUCUAAAAGGAUCAAACAGUUGGGUGUGGAAUCAUGUUCUUAAAUUAGACAAUUUUACUGUACAGUGCAAUAUAGAUGGUUGUGAUCAAAUUUAUAUAAAUCGAAAUAGAAAGUUUAUAAAUAGAAUGAUAACAACGAUAAAGGAACAUUUAUACCAUAAGCAUGAAAUAUGUAAUGAAGAAGAUCGCUCAAAAUGGGUAAAUAACAAUGACUUGAUAUGGAGAUACUUUGACAAAGUAGACUUAUACAAAGAAAAAUGUAAAUUUUGUAAUAUUUCACUUCAUCAAGCACAUAUACCAUUUAUAAAAAAGCAUCUGCAAAAACAUCGUCAAGAAAUAAUAACUAUUGUACGAAAAGAAAUUGCGAAUAAGUCUCUAUCGCAAGAUUUUGAAAUAGAUGAAAAAGAAUUUAGCGCAUUGUGUAAAUAUUGUAAUGUUAAAAAGAACAUAUUUUACGGAACAGAUGUCUUAAAACACAUUUGUUUAAAAAAAAAACAACGUUUAAUGUCUCGACAAGAACCUGAAGAUAAUGAUGUCAACAGAAUGACACAACCAAGGAUACAACAGUCUAUAGCCACUGAAAAUGUAAUUACAAAUUCCCAUCAUGAUGAUAUAAAUAGGCAAACUCCUCGAAAUCAAGAAAGAUAUGUAAAAGAAGCUGCAGAUGAAAAUGCAAUUACAAGCUCCCAUCAUGAUGAUAUAAAUAGGCAAGCUCCUCGAAAUCAAGACCAACAAAGGAAUGAAGAAGGAGCUGCAGAUGAAAAUGCAAUUACAAACUUCCAUCAUGAUGAUAUAAAUAGACAAGCUCUUCGAAAUCAAGACCAACAAAAUUCUGAAGGAAUUAACAUAGAUGACACAGUACAAUUCCUUGAUUACAAUCAAGAAAGUACAUAUUGCUACAUUCUUGGAAAUCAAGAUGGUCCACAAAGUUCUGAAGAAAAUAACACGGAUAACAUAGUAUUCCUUGCCCAUGAUGUUUCGAAUGCAAGUUCUCAUUAUGACGGUACAAACUGGCAAGAUCUUGGAUAUCAAAUAAAUCAACAGAGAAUGAUGCAUCAAUCCGUAGCAGCAGUAAAUAUGGCUACAAGUUAUCAUGAUGAAAGUACAUUUUGUUCUGAAGAAAAUAAUACGAGUAACAUAGUAUUCCUUGCUCAUGAUGUUUCGGAUGUAAGUUCUCAUAAUGAUGGUACAAACUGGCAAGGUCUUGGAUAUCAAAUAGAUCAACAGAGUUCUGAAGGAAAUAACACGAAUAGCAUAGUAUUCCUUGCUCAUGAUGUUUCGGAUGUAAGUUCUCAUAAUGAUGGCACAAACUGGCAAGGUCUUAGAUAUCAAAUAGAUCAACAGAGGUACGUAAAUCAACAAAGUUCUGAAGAAAAUAACACGAAUAACAUAGUAUUCCUUGCUCAUGAUGUUUCGGAUGUAAGUUCUCAUAAUGAUGGCACAAACUGGCAAGGUCUUAGAUAUCAAAUAGAUCAACAGAGUACUGAAGAAAAUAACACGAGUAACAUAGUAUUCCUUGCUCAUGAUGUUUCGGAUGUGAGUUCUCAUAAUGAUGGUACAAAUUGGCAAGGUUUUGGAUAUCAAAUAGAUCAACAGAGUUCUGAAGGAAAUAACACGAAUAGCAUAGUAUUCCUUGCUCAUGAUGUUUCGGAUGUAAGUUCUCCUUAUGACGGUACAAACUGGCAAAUUCUUGGAUGUCAAGAAGAUCAACAGAGAAUGAUGCAUCAAUUCGUGGCAGCAGGAAAUGUGGCUACAAAUUUUCAUAAUGACGAUACAAAUUGGCAAGCUGUUGGAUAUCUAGUAGAUGAGCAGAGAUUUCAAGAAGGAACUAAUGUUAGUAACGUGCAUAGAAUGAUGCAUCAAUUCGUGGCAGCAGAAAAUGUGACUACAAGUUCUCAUAAUGAUACAACUUUGCAAGCUCCUGGAAAUCAAGAAAAUCAGUAAAAUCAAACCUCAUUGAUGUAUAGAUGUCAUUUUCACUUUUUGUUCUGCUUGUAUAAAUAUAAAUUUAGAAAAUAACAA